AUGGAUCUUAAUAAAUGUAUUAAUCUAACAUAUUUAAAAUGUUUGAAUGCUUCGCAGAAUGAUAAUACGACUAACAGCGAAGGAAGUGAUAUUGAUUGGAAUACAGAUGAUGAUCUGGAGAUAGAAAAUGCAUCAUUCUCUUCUUGUUCGACCAAACAACUGGUUGGGGACCCUGGAGCGUCAACUUCCGCUGGCAAUACUUCUACGUCAACCUCCGGACUUAUUACUCACUUCAUGGGAAUGGGAUUCCCCAGAGACUUCAUAACAAGAGCACUAAAGAGAGAUGUAGUUCAGCCUAGGGAGAGCAAAGUAGCCUUUGACAAAUCCUCUACAAGUGCGAAAGACUCCACAACAACCUGCUGGUCCGGGCAAUGCCUUGUCUUCUACAAGAGAUUUGCUUCCAUGAUUGCCCAAGAGAUAAAAGCAAAACUGGCGCGAACAGCCACAGAGUCUAUCAAUAAGCCAGUACAUCAGUCUACCAAUGAUACAAGUCUUUCUCAUGCAUCACCUACUGAAGGUCUCUCUGAAGGUGACUCUGAAACUGAAAGUAGAAAUGAAGAAAGUCUCAGAAACAAUGAUAUUGAAACAAAUCAGAGAGAGGUUGAUGGUUAG